AUGAUCAGCGCCAAUGCCAAGUUAUGGAUCGACAAACGGCGCCGACGUGAAGGUAUAUUUGUGGGCGACACGCAGGACGACGUAGAGAAAGCAAUCGACGAGCUCGAAACGAGUUCAGUACGGUGUAAGCCUGAAGCGAUCGGUAACCUCUGCAAGACGACCAAGUUUAACCGCGACGAGAUAAAAAGGAUUUAUCAGGGAUUCAAACAAACCUGCCCCAGUGGUCUCGUAACAGAGGCAGUGUUCAAGGAUAUGUACUGUCAAUUCUUCCCACUCGCCGAUACCACCCUUUAUGCGCACUAUGUCUUCAGAGUACUUGACAAAGAUAAAACAGGCACAAUUAACUUUAAAGAUUUUGUACAAGGCCUCUCUAUAUUGUCGCGAGGCUCCCCAACAGAAAAGCUCGAGUGGGUAUUUAAUCUAUACGAUUUAAAUCGCGACGGCUGUAUCACAGCUGAGGAAAUGCUCGAGAUCGUUAACUCGGUUUACUCAUUACUCGGACAUUGUGCUCAACCCUGCGUCGAUGAGAUAUCAGCCAAGAAACACGUUAGUCGAGUAUUUCUCAAGUUGGACUUUAAUCGUGAUGGCGUCGUAACGAGUGAUGAGUUCGUACACGCUUGCCUUAAGGAUCCAGACAUCGUGCGUUCGCUAGGAGUUCUCGAUACUGUCCUAGAAUGAUCUGUCACGAAAUUGUGACCAUAAUCACGGUGUUCAUUUGCUAACUUCGACGACAAAAAUAGCUGAGAAGAAGCAAGGCAGAUGAUCGAUCGUCAGCAGAAAAAAAAAAACAAAAAAAUCAUCAAAAUAAACCCGCAUGAUGACGCAGCGAAAUGAAGGCCCAUUAAUGAAAUAGAAGUACAUGGUAGGCUCCUAAAGCAGCCAAUCGGUCGAGUGAUCAGAAACGAAAAUGCACAAAUAAAAAUUAACUCAAUCACUGACGUGGCGUCCAUGAUUGAUGAGGAGAUCGCAAGCUUUGCCUUUGAGAUGCAGGACAAUAAUUGUCUAAUAAUAACUGAUGACGAAUCCUGUCUGCAUAUAUGGUGUCAGUCAGCUGUGCCGAAAUAAAAUACAUAUAUAUAUCUAUAUAGGCUACAAACAGCUUCA